AUGAAAGGAACAGCUAAGAUGGAUGGAGGUGUCUAUCUUGAAAACAGUAAUAGGAGGGAAGAAGAAGACUGCGAUGAAAAUAAUGACGAUAUUAUAUUAAAUACUAGUAAUUCAAUUAUAUGUGCGCAAGAAAUGAUUAAAAGAUUAUCCUCUUCUUCAAUAUCUAAUAUUGCCGAGUGUAAAGAAAAAUCUAACACUGUAUCACAUCGUAACUUGCUAUACAACCGUAAUUCCAUAAAUGGUGGUGGUGCUGCUGCAUCAUUUUUUGCUGACUCUAUGAUGGUUGGCAACAAAAACAACAAAAACAAUAAUAAUAAUAAUAAUAAUAACAAUAUUAUUAGUAGUAAUGACGGUAAUAGCAGUGCUAAGAAUAAUAAUAUUAUUACUAAUAAUAAUGAAACUGAUUGUAACGAUAACUUGUUAAAAUGUUGUCAUAAAAGAGCCAAGUCACAUGCUCAACUAGCAGAAACAGCUCACGGUGUAAGGUUAUUAAGUAAAGGGAUUUCCAACACGAAAUUUAUAAUCAAUGUAGAACAUUUGUUGAUUGUCACCAAACAUUAUGAUGAUUCUUUGAUUUAUUUAACUAGGGAUUUAGUAGAAUACAUACUAAAACAUUAUCCACACAUUAUAAUUUACGUUGAAGAUGUCUUAUUUGCAAACAAUCCUAAGUUUGAUUUAAAGGAGAUUGAAAAGGAAUGUAUUUCCAACGUUGAUAACAUAAAUAAUAAUUCGAGCAGUGGCAGUAGUGGUAAUACCAAUAAUAGCUGUCGUAGUGCAAAAAAUAACCUAAAGUAUUGGAACAGAUACGAGUUGAGUCGAAGUAACAGUAACGAGACCGAGGAUCAGGGCGAAGAUUUAUAUGAUCUGGUGAUCACCUUGGGUGGUGAUGGAACUGUUUUAUAUGUUUCUAGUUUGUUUCAAAAGAAUGUUCCACCAGUAAUGUCGUUUGCCUUAGGAUCUUUAGGAUUUUUAACCAAUUUUAAGUUUGAAAAUUACAGAAAAACUGUACAUAGGGUCCUAGAUAGGGGACGCAAAAUUAAAACAAAAUUAAGAAUGAGGUUAUCAUGUACAGUUUACAGAAAGAACGGUGAUGGUCAUCAUUAUAAGGACUUUGAACGGCAAGUUUUGAAUGAACUAACCAUUGAUAGGGGGCCAAGCCCAUUCAUUUCUAAUUUGGAAUUGUAUGGGGAUAAAUCAUUAUUAACCGUUGCACAGGCUGAUGGUUUGAUAAUAGCAACACCGACCGGAUCUACUGCAUAUUCUUUGAGUGCUGGUGGCUCAUUAGUUUACCCCAGUGUCAAUGCUAUUGCUGUUACACCAAUCUGUCCGCACACUCUAAGUUUUAGACCCAUUAUUCUACCUGAUAGUAUGGUUUUAAAGGUGAAAGUUCCAUACGAUUCUAGAUCUACUGCAUGGGCUGCAUUUGAUGGUAAAAAUAGGGUAGAGUUACAAAAUGGUGACUAUGUGAUAAUCAGCGCUUCUCCUCACAGUUUCCCCACUAUCGAAUCAAAAAAUACGGAUUUCAUUGAUUCCAUAAGUAGAACUUUGAACUGGAAUGUUAGGGAACAGCAAAAAUCAUUUAGUAACAUGCUAAGUGAUAAGAAUAAAUAUAGAUAUGAAAAGCAAAAGAAGUUGGAGAUGGCAAAAAAGUUAUGUACUGAUAGUGAAAACAGGGCUUCUUCGUGUGAUUUGUUACACGUUGAGAAUAAAAAAAUAACAAGUAAAGACGGAAAUAAGAAUGAGCAUUUACUAAGUAGGUCAGAUUCGACUUCUUCCGAUUCAACAUCGUCAUCUUUAUCAUCAUCACCAGAUUUUAUAAUAGGCAAAGGAACGGAUGCAGACGAUGGCUGUGCUAUUGUUGAAACAAAUGAUGAAAGUGUUACUCUCAAUAAGAAUGAUACGGACAGUGAUAUUGAUAAUGAGUAUAGACAUAGCUACGAUGAUAUAGAUGUGGUUGAGAAGAUAACGCAUGAGAAGAGAAGUAAAAUUAAAACGAUCAAGACCAGAAAAGACAAUUCGGUUGGUGGGGACGGUAGUAAAAUAAAUUUUGAGCUUUAA